AUGAUAUCGCAUUCUGUGAACCAACAAGGAGAAUGGAUCGAAGCUUCUGUGGAAAAGAGAGAAUUGUUUGCUGUUAUUUAUAAUUGCCUUCUAUUCUCUCUUCACCUCCGACUGCCUGAUCAAGAGCAGGUCGUUACUCUCUUUCCUCCCUGGCAGCUUGUUCCAACCAUUCCCUUCUUGCCUCUCAGCUUGCUUCAACACUUUCGAGGCUUGGAUUCGAAUGAAGAAGGUCCAUACAUCGAGUCCAAUGCUUUAUUCCACGAAAAUCCUGUCACGCAAGCUUGGAUUCCGCGAAUCGGGGACAUAAUCGCGGUUCAGUUUCAAGAUGGGAAUCGUGGCUUUUGUUAUUAUGGCGUGGGAACGAUCGUGUCGAUUCGCAAUUACUUUUAUCUUUCUGUCAAGUGGAUGAAUGCCGAUAAAAACAGUCUCAACUGGACAGUAAUACAGAGUGCAACUCCAUCGAUUAUCUUCGUAUGGGACGUGUAUGCAAUUCUACAACGCUCUUACAUUGUUUGA